GUAACUACUACAAUACCACUACCGUCUUACGGAGACUUCUCCUUCUACGAAUCACGUCUUGACCUCGUCAAUCGCAUCAACAACCCACCCCAUACUUUACCAUCUGAAUAGUCCACUCAUCGCCUGCUUCUAGUUCAUCCCCCUCCUCCUCCCCCUCCCUCCCUCCCUCCCUCCUCUCCCUUCCUCUCUUCCCCUCCCGCCGCCGCCUCUUCUUCACGUCUCUUACGCCACCUUCUCAUCUCCCUCUUCUUCUACCUCUUCGCCAUUCCUAUCUUCUCUUCCAAAGCCCUCGUCUCAAGACCGCCGCCGCUCAAACUUCUCAAGCCGUUCAGUUACUUGCCGCUCGUUUAUCCUUUUCUCAGUAGUGAUACUCGAGCACACUUUUCAAGCUCUCCGGCAUUCCAAUGGAUACUUCCAACCCGCUCUGGAAUCGCCGCUCCAACAACUCGACCAAACUUUCCCUUUCCAUGUCAAGUGCAGCCGCCGCUGCUUCUUCCACUACAACCACGACUACUACUCCAGGUGAAUCGGCUGCCUCCAGACUUUUUGCCGGUCCGCCGUCGGCACGCGUCACUUCCUCGCACCGUGCCAAAAAUCCUUUCGACUUGCAUUCCAUCAACACCAAUAAUGCUCUCCCCUCACCUACCACCGCGAGUGGCGCCAAGUCCGCUUCCGCUGCCUUUAACCUGGGUGCCGGAGGUGCCUUCGGUUCCUUUGGGCUUAAAACACCCAAGACUCCUGGUGCCGGUAGUGGCGGUGAUGGCUUGAACGCUGCCGGCGCGGGUGUGGGCGCGGCUAUCCCCGGCUUGCCCGGUAAGCUGACCGCAUCGGAGGUGGUUGCUGGUGGUAAGAAGGUGACUAUACCUCCGGUGCAGGAGGUUCACCCUCUCAAGAACACCUGGGUUGUGUGGUACCGCGCGCCUGGAAACAAAUUUCAGGACUACGAGAAAUCUACCCACAAGAUUGCACACUUUGGGACAGUGGAGGAGUUCUGGACAGUCUACUCGCACCUGCGGCGGCCUAGCACCCUGCCGCACGUGAGUGAUUACCACCUGUUCAAGCAAGGUAUCAGGCCGGUCUGGGAGGACAAGGAGAACCGGAACGGUGGCAAGUGGAACAUUCGCCUGAAGAAGGGUGUUGCCAACAGGUACUGGGAGGAUCUGAUGUUGGCUAUCGUCGGAAACCAGUUCGGCGACGCUGGCGAGGAUCUCUGCGGUGCGGUUCUGAGUGUCAGGGGAAAUGAGGAUGUUCUGAGCGUGUGGACGAGAGUAGACGGAGGCACCUGCUUGAAGAUCAAGGGCACGAUCAUCAACAAGCUCAACCUACCCUCGGGAACGCGCAUCGAUUGGAAGUCGCACGCCUCUUCCCUCGAGGCUGUCAACAGCAAGACUCAGCCACAGACUCAGCCACAGGCCCAAUAGAAACCGAAUUAAAGCAAGGGACUUAGGCCCGAUAGCUUCAAAUCCCGUGUGCUCUUGUUGCGUAUCCCAUUGUCAGCCUACCCGCGCGCGUCUUUGCAAAACUCGAGAAUCUGUUGUGUUGUAAACUAGCUUUUCUAUGGGGUUGGGUCCGGUCCGAGCCCAUCUUUCUUUGCCAUGCCAUCGUUUCACGCUUGGUUCUAGGGUUUAUCUUUCUUCAUUUUCAUUUCGUUCUGGCCUUUUACUUCCGAUUUCUUGCGUCUUUGGGUUUGAUCUUUGGGAUUGCAUUGGUUCAUUGAGCGAAACUAUUCUUUCU